AUGUCUUAUACGGCUACAUAUCCUCAAACUGUAUCUCCACCAGUCUAUUCACCACCUGUCAAUCUACUCAUGCCAACACCAGAAAUUUAUACAAUUCGUGAUUGGUUACCAUGGUCUAUAAUCAAUUUAUUUAUUGGUUGGGGCUUGGGUGGUAUUCUUCCUCUGAUAUUUUCAAUUGUCUGUCGAAGUAACAAAAGAUCGAAUGAUAUUAGCACAGCUCGAACAAUGAGUACUCUAGCAUUAGUAUUCAAUAUUAUAAUUACAUUAUGUGGUAUAGCUAGCUGGAUUGGUUUCAUCGUAUGGCUCGUUAUUUUUUUAAAAGUCAUCAAUAAUAAUGGAUACCCAUAUAUAAAGAACUAA